GGUGGCAUUGGUCAGAUCUAUAGUCGCGCGUUGAGAAUUGACGUAGACGAGUUCGCGGUGAGGCAGGCCGACCUGGAGCGCGAGUUCCUGCGGUCGUCGCGGGCGGAAUCGGUAGCGAGGCGCCGCCUGGUGACUGGGGGGCCGCAGAAGCUCGAGCAGGUUACGCGGUUGGAGAUGCACUUCGACGAGUUCGACCCAACGUCGCCUUCGGCGGCAAAGGGCUGCUGGAGAUGGCGGAUGGCGCGACGCUUGCGGUGGCUGAGCCAGGGGCGGUGUCCGCGGCGACGCCGCGAGCGACCGACAUCUGCACUCGCCGUGAUGACGGAUGUCAUGGGCGAGAACUCCAGGCCGCUCGUGGAGGCCAGGCGGGGCAUGCGAUCUGCUGAUGUCGCAGGCUGGUCCAUUGCUGGCCCAAGAACGCGUGCCUGGCUGCUCCAGCAGCUCGUGAUGCUGGGGCCGACUCCAGUGAAGCGACACCGCCGGUGGCGGCAGGUCCAGAAUUUGACGGCCGAAGACCCCGGGGUGGACGAGCGCGCUCCCCUGAGCGAGAUGCUGGAGGUCGGUGGUCAGAUCGACCAGAUGUGCCUGCCGAGCCAAGUGCUGAGCGAGACGGUACGCAGACGCUACCCGCUCUGGGAGGAGGUGCGCAGCACCGCCCUACGCGAGGCCGAGGGCGGCAGCGGCGCGGGGGGGGCAGCCUGGCUUGACGAGCGCGAGAUCUUCCUGGGUCAGAAGAAGGGUCGCGGCUCCGCGCACGUGGACCCGCAGCUGAAGGAGUGGGUCGCGGAGCGGACGCAGAAUGAGGCGGCGAUCCUGCAGGGGCGGAGGAAUGGUCGCGAGGAGAAGCUGCUGGCCCACGGCGUGGGCCCAGCUGGCGCGUCGGCGCCG